UACUCAAAAACACAUUUAGGGCAGUUCAAGGCUUGCACUGCAUUGAAGAUCACAACAACAAGCUAAAUCUACAAAGGAACUCUCCAAAAUCAAAGCAUCUUUCAGUUAUUCAGGAUGCAGAGCCCGAGUGUACUGCUGAUCUUUACCCUUUGUGGGUCAAGCUUGUGCAACCUUAUGCAGGAGAAACAGACAGAUUUUGGGCUGCAGGUGUUCUCCGAAGCCAUCCAAUCUGCUCCGGACAGAAAUCUGGUUCUCUCUCCCUAUGGCAUCUCUUCAGUGCUAGGCAUGGCUCAGCUGGGUGCUUAUGGCAGCACUCUUCAAAUGCUCACCUCCAAGAUGGGCUACUCACUGCAAGCACGAGGAAUGCCAAAGCUACAGAGGCUUCUUCAAAGAGAUCUGGCCAGUGAAGACGGGGUAGAAGUAGCCAGCGGUGUCAUGGUUAACCAGAAGAUAAUCCUGGAAAAGCUUUUUAGGUGCAGCCUGACCAAAGCCUUCCAGAGUGUCCCUCACCAAAUAGACUUCAGCCAACCAGAGAUGGCCCGGAAGGUGAUCAACUCCUGGACAUCUGACCACACUGGUGGAAUGAUUACUGACUUCCUCCCCUCUGGGGUGUUGAGUGAACUGACACGCUUGGUCCUGUUGAAUGCCCUCCACUUCCAUGGGGUCUGGAAGACACCGUUUGACCCUAAACUUACUAGGGAACAGCUAUUCCACAGAGGCAACGGCAGUGCUGUAUCUGUUCCUAUGAUGACUAUGACUUCAAAAUUCAACUGUGGUGAGUUUGUGACUGAAGACGGUGUGGACUAUGAUGUCAUUGAGGUGCCUUAUGAGGGGGAGUCGCUAAGUAUGCUUCUGGUGAUGCCAUUUGAGAGGGAUGUGCCUCUUUUGGCCUUGAACAAAGAGCUGAGAAGCAGCAGGAUUCACCAAUGGAGAAAACAGAUGAGAAAGAUUAACAAACAACUUGCUAUGCCAAGGUUCUCCAUGGAUACAGAAAUUGAUCUUAAGUCCACACUGAGCAAGAUGGGUCUUGGAGACAUUUUCAGCCAGAGCAAAGCUGAUUUCUCUCGCAUUACCACUGAGGAACCUUUAUGUGUAUCCAAGGUCCUUCAGAGAGUAAAACUUGAGGUGAAUGAAGAAGGAACCAAAGGCUCAUCUGCCACAGCGGCUGUCAUCUACUCUCGCAUGGCUGUUGAGGAGAUCAAAUUAGAUAGACCCUUCUAUUUCCUUAUUCAGCACAAACCCACUGGUGCGUUGUUGUUUAGCGGUCAGGUGAACCAGCCUCAGGAAUACUAACAGACCGAGGUUGUACCUGAAGUAACCAUACAAAUAGAAGGACCAAAGAAACUGCCAACAAGUCUGCACACAACAUACUACUGAAGUCAAGAGAUGCUUGGAGUUCUGUUUUAAAAUGAAAGGGGUGGGGGUGCCGAACUUUAAUAAGAAACGUAUAAAUGUUUAUUCAGUAUGUGUCCUCUGCUAUGGGGGAGGAAAGAUCUAUGCUAUAAAAAGAAAGCACUACUGUUUGAAACAUAUGUCUGAAACAAUCAGGGAGAUUUAAUGAACAAAUUUACAGCCUCUGCAGACAAAGAGGUUCUACAUGCACUAAUAAUUUGAAGAGUGAAUUCAUUUGUAUGCUUGGUUUCAUCUGUUUAAUAUGCUUAUCUUUUU